AUGUGGAUCACUGUGGGCUUGGUCUGCUGCUUAGCCUUUGGAGGGCUGCCUUUGGCUCACUGCUCUUGCCCUUCCCAAUGUAGCUGCGCCUUUCAUAGUCUCAAUGAAGGAACAAAGGAAAGAACUGUGCUGUGCAAUGACCCAGAAAUGACAAUCACACCUGUGAACAUCCCAGGAGAUACAAUCAAACUUCGAAUAGAGAAGACUGCCCUCAGGAGAGUGCCAGGGGAGGCUUUCCAUUCUCUCCAUAAUCUGGAAUUCCUCUGGAUGCCCUAUAAUUCUUUGGCCAGCCUCAGUGUGAUUACUUUUAAGGGUCUUCGUCAGUUACAAGAGCUAAGACUGGAUGGGAAUGAUUUAAGUUCUUUCCCAUGGGACUCUCUUGCGGACAUGCCCCAGCUAAGGCUUCUGGAUUUACAUAAUAAUGAACUCACCUCAGUAUCAGCAGAAGCAACUCUUUACAUAAAGAAUAUUACCUAUCUGGAUCUGUCUAGCAAUAAACUGAUGACUCUUCCUCAAGCUCUCAUUUCAGCCUGGGCAAACCUCCAAGCAGUUCCUUACUUCCCCAAUGACAACUCCAAGAUCAUUAUAGGCUUGCAAGACAAUCCUUGGGUGUGUGAUUGCAGUUUGUAUGAAAUGGUCCAUUUCAUAAAUUUCCAGUCUCCUAACAUAGCAUUUAUAGAACCAAAACUGAAGUGCUUCACCCCCCGGAGUCUUGCUGGAAUUUUCUUCAGUCAAGUUGAACUAAGAAAAUGUCAAAGUCCUGUUGUACAUACAUCUGUGGCCAAAGUAAAGACCAUAUUGGGCAGCACUGUGCUUCUGCGAUGUGGUACUACUGGAGUACCCAUCCCUGAACUCAGCUGGAGAAGAGCUGAUGGUAAUCGGCUUAAUGGCACAGUGCAUCAGGAAAUUUCUAGUGAUGGAAUGAGUUGGUCUAUCCUGGGCUUACCUGUAGUCUCUUAUCUUGAUUCUGGAGAGUACAUUUGUAAAGCAAAGAACUUCCUAGGGGCAACAGAGGCCUUUAUAUCUCUCAUUAUCACUGAUUCUGAAAACACAGAUGAUCCUAAUGCUAACUCUAAAGGAGUCUGGAAUGGAAAGGUAAGCAGUAUGGAAGCAGCUGCUUACAAUGAUAAACUGAUGGCUAGGUAUGUUAUCACAACCUCAACUUCACCUACACAGAGUGCCAGAUCAGGUACAGAAGAGAAUCUUGGGCUCCAGAAUAUAGUUAGUGAGCAGAAUAACAACCGAAGAAACCUUUUAUCAAGUCCACCCACUGGUCAACAGGAGCCAGAACGUAUAGUAAGGUCUGUUAGAGUGAUAGGGGACACAGAUCAAAGUAUCUCAUUGGCUUGGAAAGCCCCUCUGGCCAAGAACACAACUGAAUUCAGUGUUCUUUAUGCCAUUUUUGGAGAAAGAGACAUGCGUAGAAUCAAUGUGGAGCCAGGUAAGAUGAAGAUCACUAUUAAUGGGCUGUUGCCAAAGACCAAAUACAUAGUGUGUGUCUGCAUGAAAGGACUGAUCCCCAGGAAAGAGCAAUGCACCAUAUUUUCCACAGAUGAAGUUGCCAGUGCUGGUGGAACCCAAAAACUCAUUAAUGUGGUGGUUAUUAGUGUGGCCUGCGUCAUAGCUGUUCCUCUGACUUUAGUGGUUUGCUGUGGGGCACUGAAAAGGCGCUGCAAAAAAUGCUUAUUGCAGAAACCCAAGGAAAUCCAGGACUCCUAUGUCACAUUUGAAAGCCUCUCUUCAGGAGUGAAAACAAAAGGAACAGAAGGAGAAUACUUGACUAGACAUACCCGGGAUGAAUCUAACAGGCUGCUAUCUGCACGAUCCAGCGUGGACUCAGAGGCAAUACCAAAGAUGGAGGGGCAACCCAAUGAGUACUUUUGUUAA